AUGGUACUGCGGUCCAUGAUCCCACGCGGCCUUGCUCUCCUCCACUUGCUCCUCGUGCUCUCGUCCGCCUCCGCCUCCGCCUCCGAGCUGCCAUCGGCGGCCGCCGUGCGAGUCGGCGUGGUGCUGAACCUGACGAGCGAGGCGGGGAGGAAGAGCCUCACCUGCGUCUCCAUGGCAUUAGACGACUUCUAUUCUGCCCAUGCCAACUCCAGCCGGCGGGUGCACCUGCUCGUGGGGGACACGCGUGGAGAUGUCGUCGCCGCAGCACACGCUGCUGAAGAUUUGAUCAGAAACAAUAGAGUGCAAGCCAUCAUUGGGCCUUUGACUUCAGCCGAAGCCGAGUUCAUUGCCUACCUUGGGAAGCACACACUCACACCAAUCCUCGCACUUGCUCCAAUCUCUGCAGCAUUGACGCCAUUGGUAGCACCAUUCUUCCUGCAUACUGCACCUAUUUACUCCUCCCAGGCUGAGCUGACUGCUGCUAUCCUUGAUAAGUUCAGAUGGCGGAAAGCUAUCCUGGUCUAUGAAGACUCGCCAUAUGGAGCUGGCAUUCUCCCAGAGCUUGUGUACGCCCUUCAGGGUUACAACACGUUCAUCACGGAUCGUGUAGCUUUGCCCAUUGAUGCAGCUGAGAACUACCUGGACAAGGUAGUAUACAGCCUCAAGGAGAAUUCCACGCGGGUGUUUAUUGUGCAUAUUCUCCCAGAUCUUGCUGCUCGCUUCUUCCGACAGGCCAGUGUUGCUGAUAUGAUGUCUGAUGGCUACGUCUGGAUAGCCACCGCCAGCUUUGGCAGUGCGGUGGACAGCUAUGGCCCUGACAGGAUUGAUAACAUGCAGGGUGUUGUUACCUUCCGACCUUAUGUUCAGUCAACUGACCGUAUCAUGAACUUCACUGUAAGGUUCAAGGACAAAUUCCAGAUGGAAAAUCCGGGUAUUCAAGAGGUGCCUAACCCAAGCCUGCUUCUUCUCUGGGCGUAUGACACAGCAUGGUCUCUUGCUGCAGCAAUCAAUAGAAACAGAGUGCCCAGCUCAACACCUGGAAGAACACUUCUUGGUGCAGUGCUCAACACAACAUUUGAUGGGCUGGCAGGGAGGUUCACACUGGUAAAUGGCCAGUUACAACUCUCAACAUAUGAGGUCGUUAACAUCAUUGGCAAAGGUGCAAGGACAGUUGGGUUCUGGACACCUGAAUCUGGGAUCUUCAAGAAUUUAAAAGCCAACAAUGAGAAAGGGCUCAAACAAAUCCUCUGGCCAGGUGAUCUAGCAACUGCUCCGAGCGGGUGGGAUGUGUCUUCAACUGGAAGCCCGCUUCGUGUUAUUGUGCCUUCAAGACAUGGGUUCGAUCAGCUCGUGAAGGUUUCCUACAACCCAACAAACAUCAGUUUUAUUGUUACAGGCUACUGCAUCGAUGUUUUUUAUGCACUGAUGAAGAAUUUGCCCUAUCUAGUGGCCUACCAAUAUGUACCCUUUAAUAAUAUUAGCACUUAUGACAGUAUUCUCAAUCUGGUGUAUGAAAAGAAAGCUGAUGCCGUGGUUGGUGAUACGACGAUCUCGACGGACAGGAUGAAUAAGGUGGCCUUCACAAUGCCCUACACCGACACAGGAUUGUCAAUGAUCGUGGUACUGAAGAAAGAUUCAAGCAGGAGCAUGUGGAUCUUCCUGCAGCCACUGACUCAUACCCUCUGGAUCACCAGCCUUGCCUUCUUCUUCCUAACUGGUUUUGUUGUGUGGGCGAUAGAGCACCGGAUAAACCCUGAGUUCCGUGGCACACCUUGGCAACAAUUUGGCAUCAUCUUCUACUUUGCCUUCUCGACUCUUGUCUUCUCCCACAAGGAGAAACUGGAGAGCAACCUAUCAAGACUCGUGGUGAUUGUAUGGGUAUUUGUCGUGCUUAUCUUGACCUCAAGCUAUACGGCUAGUUUGACAUCAAUGCUGACAUUCCAGCGGUUCCAGCCAACAGUGACUAGCGUGCAAGAUCUUCUAAGAAAUGGUCACUUCGUUGGGUACCAAAGGGGUUCUGCCGUGAAGUACUGGCUGGAGGAAAUGGGCUUCCAUAAGAAGAACUUGCUGGGUUAUGACACAGUGGAGUAUGCUGAGGCUCUACAGAUGGGAUCAGGAAAUGGAGGGGUCUCUGCGAUAUUCGACGAAAACCCCUACCUGAAGAUCUUCUUGUCAAAGUACUGUGAAGGAUACACCAUGGUUGGCCCGACCUACAGGCUGGGAGGCUUUGGGUUUGCUUUCCCAAUAGGUUCACCCAUGGUGCAUGAAAUAUCCAAGGCCAUCAUGACACCUGGAGUGCAGGAGGAGAUGGCGCGGAUAGAGGGGAAAUGUGGCCUGACCUCUGGCCUUGCGCUCCUCAUCAGCCUCAGCAUCUUCGUCUACCAGAAGCGAGACGAGUUCAGGGCUGAAGCGUCUCGCACCAGGUCGAUGUCACUGCAGAGGCUGCACAUGUGGCUUGAACGCCUUCGCAGUACCAAGCACAGGGAGUCGCCCAUCAUCAAUAGGCAGGAAGGUGAGUAUGAGAUGGAUGGGUUAAGCAUUGUCACAGGGUACAGUCAGAAGUUCAUCAAGGGUGAUGCGGUGUUUGCCAAAGAAGCUACGGGAUGGAACUUCUGGAGCUCCUCGUAA